GAUGUCGUUGAAAGUCGCGUUUGUUUCUAGGACUCGCUUGCCGGAGCUCCAAACCCCGCUCUUAUCAGUGGUCUUUGUCUCCGUGCGCGAUCGGCUUCAAUCGGCUGUGAGCUGCCCCAACCCCUACGGAGCAGAUUGAUUUCAUCGGAAUCAAAACGUCAACAGUGGUUUGUGUGUGUGUGUGCUUUUUGCUUUUUUUUUUGUUCGCUCCUGCCGACCGAACUAAUUGCGAUGACUGCGGGCCGGUGUGGCAGUCGGCCUUCGCCUUUAGUCGGGUGGAGGACACUCACGCGCUCGGUGUUGGUUUGGAACGAGCAGUUACAGUGACUGGCAAGGUGUGGAAAACACAAGUGGGCUCCACAGCACAAUCAAAACGAUGGAGAUAAGCAACACCACCGGGUUUCUGCUGCAGACCAUCCUCUGGAUGGCAAACCAUGAGUACAACAACUCGCUGAUCAAUGUGAUACACAAUCAAACGCUCAGUGCGGAUAGCAACAAGACGAGUGGUGAGUUCUCGCUGGCGGAAGAUGUGCGCUGCUACGGUGUGUACGGCUGCUUCCCGAUUACGCCGCCCUGGAUCGACGAGAAGCGCCCCGUCGCGUACCAUCCGCAGUCGCCGGCGACGGUGGACGUGCGGUACCCGGUGUUUACCAAGCCGAACACCGAUCAUCCGAAGUUUAUCGACAUCAACGAUCCGGCCAGCGUGCGGCAUCUCGGCAUCAACCCCAAGGGGCGCAUCUACUUCAUCACGCACGGCUACAUCGAGUCUGGUGAUCGACCGUGGAUCCGGCAGAUGGUGAACGCACUGAUCGAGAACGAUCCGGACCGGACGGCCAGCUGCGUCGUGAUCGACUGGCGCAAGGCGUCGAACCCACCGUACACGCAAACCUGCGCCAACAUUCGGCUGAUCGGGGCCAUCACGGCGCACGUGAUCUACUUGCUCUAUGAGGAGCUGAACAUGAAGAACCUGGACAAGGUGCACCUGCUGGGCCACUCGCUCGGGUCGCACCUGUGCGGGUACGCCGGGUACCAUCUGCAGAAGGACUUCGGGCUAAAGCUGGGCCGCAUUACCGGGCUCGAUCCGGCCGAACCACUGUUCUCCGAUACGGAUCCGCUGGUGCGGCUCGAUCGCAGCGACGCCAAGUUCGUGGACGUGAUCCACUCGGACGGUUCGGAGUGGGUGAGCAAGGGUGGGCUGGGGAUGUACCAGCCUAUCGGGCACGUCGACUUCUACCCGAACGGGGGGUACAAUCAGCCGGGCUGCAGCGAUCCGAUGAACAAGUUCAUCCGCAAGCACGACGACUCGUUCUUCUGGGGCUUUCAGGAGUUCUUCGGCUGCAACCAUCUGCGGUGCCACCAGUUCCUGACGGACAGCAUACUGCACCGGUGCCCGUUCGUCGGCAUCGGGUGCGAGUCGUACGCACAGUUUCUGCGCGGCGAAUGCUUCGAGUGCGACCGGGACGGGCACUACUGCGUCGAGUUUGGGCUGAAGGCGCAGGAAAGCUACAGCCGGCUGAUCGAGAACGGUGUGAUAAAGGAUCCGAACGCUCCGCUGAGUGUUUACAUGAUUACGGGCGCUGAGCCACCGUACUGCCGAUCGCACUUCCGCAUCACGAUGAGCGUUUCCGACGAGGAGGAGAGCCUCAUACACGGGGGCGAGAUUGGCAAGAUGUCGUUCGAGCUGCACGGUGAGGGCGGCGUGCGCUCGGGCAAGAUGGACUUCUCCAAGGAUCCGGUGUACUUCGAGCCGGGCGGUAACUAUUCCGCCAUCAUGGCCGGUUCGCACGUCGCCAAGCUGCUGAAGGUGAUGCUGACCUGGGAGUAUCGGACGAAUCCGCUCAACCCGCUCACCUGGCGCCUGCUGGUGGUGCCGCGCGUGUACGUGCAGCGCAUUCGCAUCCAGCUGAUGGAGCAGCGCACCAGUGUGGUGGUGUGUCCGCUGAACGAUGCACCGGUCCGGGCCGAUCAGGAGAAUGAGUUCAAGAGUGAGUACUGCCGGUCCUGAAGCGGCCCUAAAGCAAGCACUCGGCCGAUCGUGAUGGUUGAGAUUGCUUUAUCCAGCGUAAUGUGAAGCUGUACCUUUCAGUUAGACAAAACAAAGUUUUGAUUGGCAAUUAGGAUUAAAGAUACGUUAAACGAAAUAAGCGAUGUGCUGGAUGGAGCGUAUGAAUUUGCAAUAAAAAGUCAUUCCGAGCACGCUAACGUAA